AUGGGCUCGCUCGAGAACCACGACUAUCCUGUCAAGGGAGUGGCCAACGGCCACUCCAAGCAUUCAGUUUCAAACGGCAAUGGUAAAGCCUCAGCCGGGAAACGGGCUUGGGGAUUCGACACGCUGCAAGUCCAUGCCGGGUUGGAAGACUCCCCCGCUUACGGCGAAUGCACUGUGCCAGUGUACAACACGGCGUCGUUCAAGUUUUCCUCGCGUGCUGCAGCCGACGAGGCCUUCGCUGUUUCCACCAGACACAUUUACAGCCGUAUUCACAAUCCCACAACCGAUGCCCUAGAACGUCGCAUCACAGCCCUUGAAGGCGGACUUGACGCAGCCAGCUUCUCCUGCGGCGCCUCCGCCGUCCUCGCCGUCGUCAUGGCCCUAGCCAAAGCCGGCGACAACGUGAUCGUGUCUAGACACACCCACGGCGGCACCUUCCACCAAUUCAACGUCGUCCUCCCAGAAAUUGGCAUCGAGCCCCGCUUCGUCGACACCAACAACACGGCCAAAGUCCACAGCCUCAUCGACGCCCGCACCAAACUCAUCUUCGCCGAGUCCCUCGGCAACCCAAGCCUCUCCGUCCCCGACCUCGAACCCCUCGCCGCCAUCGCCCACUCCCCCAACACUCCCGGUGGCCAAAUCCCCCUCGUCGUCGACGCCACCUUCACCGCGGCAGGCUACUUCUUCCAGCCCGCCCGCUGGGGCGCCGACAUCAUCAUCCACUCGGCCACCAAAUGGAUCGGUGGACACGGCACCACCCUCGGUGGCCUAGUCAUCGAAACCGGACGGUCUGACUGGCAAUCCAACUCGGCGCGUUUCCCGCACCUCCACGGCCGACGUGCCGGGCGCGAGACCGUUGACGAUAAUCUGUACGAACAAGUCGGCAACGCGGCUUUUAUCCGGCACCUGAAAUGGGAAGUCCUCCGCGACACGGGCGCGUGCAUGAGUCCGCUCGCAGCGCAGCAAUUGUUCAUCGGCGUCGAGACGCUUUCUCUGCGGUGUGCGCGGCAGGCGGCUAACGCAGCGGCCGUGGCGGAGUAUCUGCGGGGUCACCCGCGUGUGAAGUGGGUGCGGUAUCUCGGGUUUGAGGAUCAUCCGUAUCAUCAGCUGGCGCGGAAGUAUUUUGAGCCGGGGCGCGGGUUUGGCACGGUGGUUACGUUUGGGCUGCACGGGGGUGCGGCGGAAGGGUUGAAGGUGGUGGAUGCGUUUGAGUUGGUGAUUAAUACGUCGAAUGUUGGAGAUGCGAAGACGAUUAUUGGACAUCAUUGGUCGACGACGCAUAAGCAGUGUACGAAGGAGGAGAAUGAGGAGAUGGGGGUGUAUGAGGACUUGUUUCGGUUGUCGUUGGGGAUUGAGGAUGUGGAGGAUAUUAUUGCUGAUUUUGAGCAGGCGUUUCAGAAGGUUGUGGCCUGA